GUGCCGCUGCUCGACAUGCGCCGCUUCCACAAGCUCCUCGCCGGGGCGAGCUGGAUGGGCGAGUACGGCGACCCAGACACGGACGACUGGUCCUUCCUGCAGCGCUACUCGCCGUACCACAACCUGGACGAGGCCACCGCCUACCCGCCCAUCCUCUUCACCACGUCGACGCGCGACGACCGAGUCCACCCCGGCCACGCGCGCAAGAUGGUCCACAAGCUGCUUGAGCUAGGCAAGGGGCCGUCCACACACUACUACGAGAACAUCGAGGGAGGGCACGGCGGCGCGGCGGACAACAAGCAGCGCGCCUUCAUGUCGACCCUCGCCUACGCCUUCCUCGAGCGGACCCUCGCCGGCGCGGCCGCCGGAGGGAAGAAGGUGGAGCUGUGA